GUAAAGUCAAACAGUUGACCCAGCUAUCAACUCGUCUUCUUUCUGAAAUUAGGGUUUCUGUGAGCUGAACUUCACUGUCGUCUGCAACAACUGUUUAGCUCUUCGCGAUAUGGAGACAAACGGAGAUGUUGCUGACGUGUCUCGAAUCCUCAGCGAACUCGAAACCUUAAAGUCUGCUAAGAGCGACAUUGAGCAUCGAAUUUCCGUCCUCGAAGCUCAGCUUCGUGAGAAACAUGACGCCGUUACUAACGGUUCUUGUCCUUCUAUCUUUACCGUUGAUUCCAAUGGCUUAUCCCCGGACAUGAUCUACCGUUACAGUCGACACCUCUUGCUUCCUUCCUUCGGAGUUCAAGGGCAGUCAAAUUUAUUAAAGUCUUCAAUUCUGGUCAUCGGUGCUGGUGGGUUGGGCUCACCAGCUCUGCUCUAUCUUGCAGCUUGUGGGGUUGGGCGCUUGGGUAUUGUGGAUCAUGAUGUAGUUGAGCUUAACAACAUGCACAGGCAGGUUAUCCACACUGAAGCAUAUAUUGGUCAGCCAAAAGUGAGAUCAGCUGCUGCUGCUUGUCGCUUGAUCAACUCCACCAUUCAGAUUGUUGAACACCAGGAAGCAUUACGCACAUCGAAUGCUUUGGAGAUUUUGAGCAAAUACGACGUAGUAGUAGAUGCAACUGAUAAUGCACCAAGCAGAUACAUGAUCAGUGAUUGUUGUGUGGUGUUGGGGAAGCCUCUUGUAUCUGGUGCUGCACUGGGAUUGGAAGGGCAGCUUACAGUUUACAACUACAAUGGAGGUCCUUGCUAUCGAUGCCUAUUUCCAACUCCACCUCCUACAACAGCGUGCCAAAGAUGUGCUGAUAGCGGAGUCUUAGGAGUAGUUCCUGGAAUCAUCGGCUGUCUCCAAGCUUUAGAGGCCAUUAAAAUUGCAAGUGCUAUUGGUGAACCACUCUCAGGAAGGAUGCUUCUAUUUGAUGCUUUGUCAGGACGAAUUCGUGUUGUCAAGAUUAGAGGCAGAUCAUCACAGUGCGAAGUUUGUGGAGAAAAUUCAGCAUUUACCAAAGAUGUAUUUAGAAAUUUUGAUUACGAGAAGUUCACUCAAUCUCCUCUAUCUACGCUUCCCUUGAAGUUGAAUUUGCUUCCAGCAGAUUCCAGAAUAAGUAGCAAGGAAUAUAAAGAAAAAGUUGUUAAUGGGGAAGCACAUGUAUUAGUGGAUGUACGGCCAGCACAUCACUUUAAGAUUGUCUCUUUACCAGAUUCCAUAAACAUCCCACUUGCAAGUCUGGAGGCGAGGUUACCUGAGAUUUCUUCAGCGUUGAAAGAAAAAGAAGAGCAGAACGGAACUAAUCCUGGUUCGGGUGCUAGCCUAUAUGUAGUAUGUAGAAGAGGCAAUGAUUCGCAGAGAGCUGUGCAGCGCCUCCAGACAAUGGGUUUCACUUCAGCUAGGGAUAUUGUCGGGGGUAUUGAGUCUUGGGCGCGUGAUGUAGAUCCAAACUUCCCUACCUAUUAGUGGGCAUUGUCGAGAGAGGCAUGUUUUUACCAUUAUUAAUUUAUCACUGUACUUAUUCCUUCCA